UCCGGGUAUACAGUUGCUUGCUCGUGCCUGGACUGGACUGUGUCGACUUUGCUUGAAAUUUCCCUAAGUUCAACUCAUUGUUUAGAUCUGAACUUUUGUUAACGAGCGCUGAGAAGUUAAAGGGGAAACUUGCGAUAUGUACUCGGUUACUUUGUUUCGUUAUUCAACUUCAUUCAUUGCGUCUUUGUUGCGCGUCGGCCCUUGAACAAGCGAACUUCGCUUCGCAGGGUUUUUUUAUCAUGGCAUCCAGAUGUUGAUGUUGAUUGAAACAGGCUGUUUAAUCCUGUGGACAUCACGUAACAACUGUUGGGGAUAAAGCAGGCUCGGCCAUCAUGGAUCUAUUUGUUUUCGUCGCAUUUUAUUCACUUUUCAUGACUGAUGCUGUUCGAAGCAACGCUGACGACAAUGAACUAGGCGAGCUCAGUUCCAUGCUGUCCGACUUUGAGGUUCUCCCCAUGUCUAGCCUCAAGCAACACUCGGUGCGAAAGCGAGACGUUCAGAUGCACACGCAUAUGGAGAGACUGCUCAGUUUCACAGCCCUUCAAAGGCACUUCAGGCUCUACCUGACAACCAACAGGGAGUUGUUUACUGAUGACUUCCGGGCUGUGGUCAUGGAUGAGAGUGGGAAUGAGAAUUUGCUUGAAGUACCUCGGCAGAACUUCUUCACUGGCCAUGUCAUCGGGGAGGAGCACUCUCGAGUCCAGGCACACAUCGAUGACAAUGACUUCUCUGCACACAUCCUUAUCCAUGAUGCGGAGUACAACAUUGAGCCCCUGUGGCGGUUCACCACGUCCCCCUCCACCGCCGAUGACCGCCUGCUGGUCUACCGCUCUGCAGACAUCCGCAACAUCAGCCGGCUGGCCUCCUCUAAAGUCUGCGGCUACGUCAGCGCCAGCUCCAGCGACCUCCUCCCCGCCGGACUGCAGCUUCCUCACAUCGCUGACGACCAGCAGGAGGAAGAGCACAUCAGAGAGACGCGGCAGGUGCACGACCACAGUGUGAACACCUGUCCUCUGCUGCUGGUGGCCGACUAUCGUUUCUUCAAGCACAUGGGCCGCGGAGAGGAGAGCACCACGCUCAACUACCUGAUCGAGCUGAUUGACCGUGUUGAUGACAUAUACAGGAAUACAUCUUGGGAUGAAGAGUACAAAGGAUACGGCGUUCAAAUCCAGCAGAUCAUCAUCAACAAAGAGUCGACGCCAGUGGCCCCCGGAGAGCUCCACUUCAACAUGAAGGGCAGCCCAGUGAAGGAUAAAGACGUCUGGGACGUCAAGAAGCUCCUGGAGCAAUUCAGCAGAGACAUAGCAGAUAACGCGUCGCAGGUGUGCCUGGCGCAUCUCUUCACCUACCAGGACUUUGACGAGGGCACCCUGGGCCUGGCGUACGUGGCCCAUCCCAAACAGGGCUUCCCUGGCGGCCUCUGCUCCGAGAAGGUCAGUCCUUCCUCAUCUGAUCAGAAAUCCAUAUACCUCAACACCGGACUCACAAGCACCAAGAAUUAUGGGAAGACCAUACUAACAAAGGAAGCAGACCUGGUGACCACUCAUGAGCUGGGCCAUAACUUUGGUGCGGUCCACGACCCCGACGACGUGCCCUACUGCGCCCCCAGAGACGACCAGGGAGGGAAGUACGUCAUGUACCCCAUCGCCGUCAGCGGAGACCACUCCAACAACAAGCUCUUCUCCAACUGCAGCAAGAUCUCCAUCCUGAAGCGGCUGAAGGCCAAGGCGCCAUCUUGCUUCCGCGUGAGGAACAGCAGCGUGUGCGGCAACUCGCGCGUGGAGGACGGGGAGGAGUGCGACCCGGGCCUGCUGCACCUCAGCCACGACCCCUGCUGCACCUCCAGCUGCAAACUGCGGCCCGGGAAACAGUGCAGUGACCGUAACAGUGCUUGCUGUCAGGACUGCAUGUACGAGGUGGAGGGCAAGGCGUGUCAGGAGCCCAUCAAUGCCACCUGUACGGGCAUGUCCUACUGCACCGGUGACAGCAGUGAGUGUCCCCCUCCAGAGAACGCUCCCGACAAGACGGUGUGUGUGGAUAAUGGCCAGUGUCAGGACGGAGAGUGCAUCCCCUUCUGUGUGGCCUUUGCCAAGCUGGAGCCCUGUGCUUGCAAUGAGACCAAGAACUCGUGUAAGGUGUGCUGCCGCAACAAGAAUGGGGUGUGCACCCCCUACCGCUACCAGAGCAGCAAGCAGUUCCAGUACCUCCGCAAGGGCAAGCCCUGUACCGUGGGCUUCUGCGACGGCAAGGGUAAAUGCAUGAAGCAGGUUCAGGAUGUCAUCGAGAGGCUGUGGGACUUCAUUGACAAACUUGACAUCAACACGUUUGGGAAGUUCCUAGCGGAUAACAUAGUGGGCUCUGUGAUCGCCUUCUCCCUGCUCUUCUGGAUCCCUCUCAGCAUCCUGGUGCACUGUGUGGACAAGAAACUGGACCAGCAGUAUGAGAUGAAGACCAAGUCUCUGUUUUACCCCAGUAACGCUGAGAUCCUGAGCAGUCUGGACUCGGCCUCCCUGCGCAUCUUCAAGCCACCGCCCUCCGCCAUGUCACUGGGCCUGUCCGCCAUGCCGCCCCGCUUCCUGGCCUCCUGUCCGCUCCAGACCAGCACCCCGCCCAUCCUGGGACCUGGGCCCUUCUCCGGCCCACUAGGGGGGCCCCCCUCCUGCCCCCCCACCACGGCCACGUCCGUGGGCGACGGGCCCCCCCGCAUCAUGGCCACCAUCCAGGAGGACCCCAGCUACGACUCCAUGCCGCUGGACGAGCAGGUACUGGAGGAGGACUUCUCCUCGUCGGGCCGAGGGGGAGGAGGAGGAGGAGGUGGUGGCGGUGCGGGGCCGGCGCGCUCCUUUGAGGACCUGACCAGCAGAGGUUCUCCAGCGAGGAGCGGAGGGGGAGCUGCGAUGCCGCGUAGCGACAAGGCCAAGUCCUUUAAGCUGCAGAGGCAAACGCGCCUCAGCAGUAAAGAGACAGUGUGCUGACUGACUGACUGACGAGAGAUGAGCGUGCGUGGCAACUGGAAAGAUAGAAGAAGGGAGGGAGGGAGGUGAUGGAGAGGGAGAAAACAAUAUCUGAACUGAUAACACUGAAGAAAUCUUGGUCGCUACUGCAGCCAAGGAUAGAAGAAGGCAGACCGAAACCAGGUUUCCAUCAACAUCUUUGUGAUUCUUUUAAGAAACUGUCAAUCAUUUUACUCUUUGAUAGAAGAAUUUCCACAAACAUUUUAGUUGUUCAUUUAAGAAGGUGUCUAUAGAAAGGACUUGACAUUUACAUUACAUGUGGCCAAUCAGCCGAAUUGUGAUGAAUGCACAGUACCGAUGCGACUAUGUUAAAUGGAAACCUGACAGUUGUGAGACAGCUGAACUCUUCAGCAAGGUACAUACUGUAUAGUGGAGGAGUUGAAGGAGAGGGUUGUGCACAUCCCAGGAAAAGGUGCAGGACGAAGGCCAACUGUAGUUUUCAAAGUGAGAAGUUGAAAAAAGUGAAGAAGGAUUUUAAGUGUGCGGACUUCUCACUUUGAAAGCUACAUAUAGAGUAGAGGAACAAGCGGGGCUUGUUGUCAUACCAGUGUAGGGACAUGUGCAUAAUGCAUUACAUUACACAUGCAUAAUGCAUUACACAUGCUUUAUAACUCCUUUCUGUCACUUCAGACGAUGCCAGCAGAACACACAUUUCAUUUGUGCGCAAAUUGGGAGACGAUGAGCCUUUGAGAAUACUAACCUCUAAUCUUAUAUUGGACAUGAGAUUAUAGUACUAUGGUGUUUUUUAAAACUUUAUCAAUAUAUAUAUUUUUUGGGGAAGAUAUUUUUUACCUGUCUUUUGAAACGCUGGUAUUGCCAAAAAGACUUUUGUUGUAAGCCACUCAGCUAAUAGAUGACUAUGAAAGGUCUUUGGCGGUUUCAUAGUAUGAACCACGCUACAAGCACUGAUAUGCCCUCUGCUAUUAUAACAGGGAGUUCUGUAUUUUUUUUACAUAUUUUUAAAGGGGUGCCCCGCCAGAUUUCAAUUCUAAGGGUUCAGUGUUGAGAAAACUAAGGACAAAUUAGGAUAUUAUUGAUAUUGUUUUCAUUAUUGUUAUUGUUAUUUUUGAGAGUUCAAUUCUUUCACUGAACCCUGAAAUGUCUCGCAGCACCCCUUUAUUUCCAAGACUGAAACACGAUGAGGAGCUGUGUGUCGAGUCCUGAACGUAAGAAGCAGGCACAAAUGUUACUGUAUCCUCUGUUAACGUAGGUACUUCUGAUUUUACCGCAGUGUGCAAUGCUAGCUGUACCUCAUCCAAAAUGGAUGGAUGUGUUAUUUAGAAAAUAUUUUACUUUUUCUUCCUUUGUGAGAUUUUUUUUUGCAAUAUUUUCUGCAACUGUUAGGUAUUUGUUGAUGGGAGAAAAAACAUAAUCUGUUAUUAUGAUAGCAAAGGAUACUGUGCAGCAGUUUUUUUUUAAUUCAGGGAGAAGCCUACCAAUGGGACAAGAACAAAUUACUCAGACCAAGUCUAAAAGAGUUUACAGAAAAUGUCAAUAUAGGGAUAUCGUGUUUCACAAACCUACUUGUGUAUUGUCAGAUUCAUUGCCGAUUUAAAGUAAAUUAUUUGUUACAAGUGCCUUGUAUGUAAAGAGAAAAAAUAAUUUAUUUUGUAUUUGCCCCAUGGCAACAGUGAGACAUAUAUUCAUAUAGCCAUAUAAAUAAUUUGCAUGUCGAAACGACAAUCAUAUGUUUGGAUAUAGAUUUUUAGUACUGUCAAGUGGGGUAUUUUUUCCAGUGAAGCACUGAUGGGAGAAGUGCUUAACAGGGCAAGAGGAUUACAAGUGCCUUAAAUCAAAUAGCUCAAGCCUAUCAACUUCACUCUUCAUCAUAUCACUUAAGCCACAGACUGUCAGAUUGCAAACAUUUUUUCUCAUAUACUCACUGACAGAUUGAUAUGCACAGGGCUUGGCUCCCACCAAUAUUCUAAAUUGUGUGUGUAAGUCCUCCUUCUGUUUUGAUAGCUCCACAUCUCUACAUGAUUUUUUUUAAUUUAGUUUAAUGCGACUCACUUGCAAUUACUACUUCUGUUUUUGUUUUGGGUUUUUUACACAUUGCACCCCAAUUCUAAACUUUCAAGACAAUUAUUUUCAUUUCACAUUUGCAAACACAAAACUAAACAAUAGUUGUCUUUGAUACGAGGAAUACCAAUGACUUCAUGCACACACUUUUAAACGUCAUCUCUGAACAGGUGUUUUUAUUUACAACAUUUUAUCUACGUAUAACAUAAGCUGAGGACUAAGCCAUUCAGUCACUUCUGAUUAGCUCUCUCGCCAUUAACAAGGCAAAAUGUUGAUAAGUCUACUGUAAUUUACCAGUUUCUUUCUCCAGUCUUCACCAGCAGUUUAAGUGUUAAUACCUUACAAACAAAAGAUCAAGUGUUAUAUCUAUGUGCACUGCCAGUAGAAAAAAGUAUUCUUGUAUCAACUGUGUGUGACUUUUGCAAUAAAACUCAUUCAUUUC